UCACAAAAACGGACUUCGUGCGGCAGCAACAGCCCAACAACCAAUUGCGUCUACUUCGAUCCCCGUUGGUUCUGAAUGCUUCUUCCCCCGCCUUCGCCAACUGCCAGUUUCGUAAACUGCGCCUGGAAGCUCGUAAUAUUUAUCGAGGUUGUGAGCAUUAUGGCAUGCUGUUAAGGUGGAAUUGGUCUCGCACUUCUCUGAGGGUGUGAACGACGUUUUGGAAGCGGCUCGUGAGGUGGAGGAGGGACUGAAAAUAUCGUUCUUAUUGUUUGGGGAUUGACAGAGCACGCCAAUUCGUUUGAGCGCGUCAAUACUUUGUCGAGGAGGGAGAACUUUGCGGGAAAGGUCGGAGUAAGUUACAUACGCAGCUUGUAAGAAGAGUAUGCACCUUUUUUGCUCGUUGCAACACCUCACUGGCUGGGAUUUCACUGUUGGUUCGUUGGCACGACGCGAACCUUCGGGGAUUUGGCUGUAGAUGAAGGUACUACAGGGGUGCGUUUCAUAUUCUAAGCGAAAAACAGGUUGCGUUGUAGUUUGUGCCGUUUCGAGAAUCGUAGUUUUCAACAGGGAAAGGUGCAUUUAGUUGAGGUAGUACUUUUUCAGCACCCUGUUUAUUGGACUUGUAUCUAGCUUCGAGGAUGGUGGAGUGUUCUCAGUGCAAUGUUUUUUUCAGAAGAGCCUGUAGCGGUACAAAAUGUUUGCAAGUAAGAGCACUGUGAGCAGGUGAAAUUGUUUCUAGUAAGUAUUGGUCGCUUGUAAAUCGGAACGAGCAGUUCGAGAUAGGAUACAAGUCGAAGAUGUCUUCGAAGACGUUACAGUAUUUUCGCAAUCGGUCCGGCAGAGAGCCGUAAGCAGAGCGCAGACCACGUCGUCAUUUGAACCUCUGUAUCUCAGAUCGAGGGUUACAAAAUCUUCUUCAAAGUUCAGCACGGUAAGGAAUAGGUGACUAGCAUUUGCGAGUUCAGCCAAAACUUGCUGUUCGUGACAUGAAGGAACUCCCAGCAGAUAUGAGCUGCAGUAGAGCUUUCCUCAAAGUCUCGCGCAAUCGAAUUUACAGAAAAGUAGAAUACCUUGCUGGCUUGAAAGAAAACAAACUGCUGCAAUCGAUCGAGCUUCUUGGAUCAGCCCCUCUUGCGAUUUUGAAGGAGUGCUGAAUAUCCAAACGAUCAUCAUGUCUCUCGAGGAGGAAAGAGACGAGCAGAAGUUGUCAAGCCACGAGAACGGAGUGCAUCACACGGUCAUUCUCGGCUGGAGCAACAAGAUGGCCUCGCUGCUGCGACAGCUGGCCGUUGCCAACGAAAGUUUGGGCGGUGGGAAGAUCACAGUCGUAGCUGCCAGGGAGCUAGAGCAAAUGCAGCUGGCGCACAAGCUUCAUAAUACGGACAUGUUGGGGACGACUGUGACUUACAUCUGCGGCAGUUGCCUUAAUACUCAAAUUCUUCGCGAGGCGUCAAUCGACACAGCCAGCGCUGUAAUCGUGCUCGCUGAAAGCCAGGACGCGGAGGAGAGUGACCAGCUCGCGGUGAUUAUCGUCAGAAAAAUCUUGAAAGUAGUGGAUGCAGAAAGUUUCAAGGGCCACAUUGUCGUAGAGGUGAUGGACGUCGAGAAUGAGCCCUGGAUAAAGAAAGCUGGCGGGGAUUUGGUGGAGACUGUGGUGCCCAAGGACGUGAUCACUCGUCUAAUGAUCCAAUGCGCUCGCCAGCCUGGCCUCGCACAGGUGUGGAAAGAUAUCCUAGGGUUUGACAAGGCGGAGUUUUACAUCAAGCGGUGGCCGGAGCUUGACGGGAUGCGGUUUAUUGAUACUCUCAUCAGUUUCCCGGAUGCCAUCCCUUGCGGAAUCAAAGUUGCUAGCCGGAGCAAGAUAGUGCUGAACCCGGACGACGAAUAUAUCCUCGCGGAAGGCGAUGAGGUGCUCGUCAUUGCCGAUGACGACGAGUCAUACGCUCCGUCCACUUCCCUCCCGGACGUCCAUCUCCGCAAUCCUCGCAAGUCCAUGGAGUACCUAAUCACAGCAAAGGCGGUUAAGAAGCUUCUCAUCUGCGGAUGGCAGCGCGACAUGGAAGACAUUGUUCUAAUUCUGGAUCAGACACUCGGAACAGGCUCUGAGGUUUGGAUCUUAAGCGAGGUGCCGGAGUUGGAGCGGGAGAGGCGCCUGAAGGAACAUGGCGUCACGGUCGAAACUCUUGUCAAUGUGAAAUUGAACCACUGCACAGGAAAAGCUACUGACAAGAAGGACCUCGAUGAGCUCCCUCUCGAAACAUUCGAUUCCAUUCUCCUUGUAGCAGACGGAGAUACGUCCUUCUUCGACGGGGAACAAGGUCCUUUAUCGACGUUGAUAAUGAUCAAAAGCAUCCAGGCAAAGAGGCUGCCUUACUGGGAAGCCAGGGCAGUGCAAAUACGGCCAGCAGGGAAUGACAAGAGCAGCUGGAUCGACGAGCUCCAGCAGUGCUCCGCACAAUCGAUUAUCGUUAGCGACGUGCUGAACGCGGAAACGAAAAAAGCCAUCGACCAGACGGACGUGGAGUACGACAUCGAAAUCUCGGAUGAGAUGGUAAGUAUGGCGCUGGCCAUGGUGGCAGAAGACAGACGCAUCAGCGGCGUGCUCGACGAGCUCUUUGCCGAGGAAGGCAAUGAAAUGUUCAUUAGGCCCGCAGAGCUCUACCUGAACGAGGAUGCGGAGGAGCUCACCUUCUAUGACAUCAUGGUUCGAGCUCGGCUGCGCAAGGAGAUUGUCAUCGGCUAUCAUCGGAAAUUCGAGGAGGAGCCCGUGAUCAAUCCUGCCAACAAGGCGGCCCGGAAGCAAUGGCACUGGGAUGAUAGCUUCAUUGUCCUGAUCGAGCGCUACUGAUUCGAAAUCAUUCCAAGUUCGAUUAGAAUUCCUCCUCGCCUGCCACGAAAGCUUCCCCACUUCUCAAAACAUCUUACCAGUGACUCUACUGUACCUCUUCCGCAUUUUGGUUGGAUUACUUCAGAGAGCAUUGAGAGAACCGAGAUCUCACCUCUGUGAGAUAAAAAAAACAAUUGAACAGCCGCUGUAGACAUUUCCAAUUUUGUAGUCUGUGAGAACAUGCACCUUGUUAUUGUUGAGACUCUGCUUACAGAAUCAUUUUCAAUCUUGCGUGUUGUGUGUUAGAAUUGUAAAUAGAUGGAAGUAUAUGUUAUGAAGCAUCUUAGCGUAAGGAUACGUUUCCCACAUGUGAGGGCCUCGGUAUUCUGAGUCCGAAUGUGUCUACUGCUCGUAGUAAUCUAGUACGAUACACGCUUGGCCUCACCGUGGGAUACUCGGUUUUCGUGCCAUCAUCCGUGGCUUAAGCUGGGAUCGUCAACCUUGACAUAAGUGACAUAAAUGAAAUGCUGCUCACAUGAGAACAGCAUUUUUUUU